AUGGCGACGAGGCCGGGCGACGAGACCGCGCAGCCCCCGCCGAAGCGCCCCCGCCACGACGGCGACCGACCCGAGCCCGAGCCGGCGCCGGCACCGGCGCGCGUGCAGCUCAACCCGGCGGACUGCAACCUCGACUUCGACGUCGGCGCCGGCGGGCUGCGGGGGGAGGCGCUGCACGGGGGCGGGUUCGCCUACUGCUGGUCGGGCGCGCGCGCGACGGCGGGGGCCCGGGGCGGCGGGCGGUACUGCUUCGGGUGCAGGGUGGUGGCGGAGCAGGCCGUGGAGAUGGGCGACACGGAGGCCGCCCAGCGCCACCUCUGCCGCGUCGGCGUCUCCCGGGGGGACGACCCCGUGGGCGGCCUCGGGGAGGCCGGCGGCCGCGGCUUCGGGUUCGGGGGCACGGGGAAGCUCUCCCACCGGGGCAGGUUCUUCGAUUACGGCGCCGCGUUCGGGGUCGGGGACACCGUCGUCUGCGCCGUGGACCUCGAUUCCAAGCCCAUGGCCUCGAUUGGGUUCGCCAAGAACGGCGAGUGGCUCGGCAUUGCUCACUACUUUGAUGCCGGACACAAGGGGUUUGGUCUGGUUGAUGCUCCUGUGAGGCCGAUGCAGUGGGAGUCAGCAAUCUUCCCGCAUGUCCUGCUGAAGAAUGUCGUCGUCGAGAUGCAGUUUAGCAGGGAGGAUGGGCUGGAGCCGGUCGAUGGCUACGAGCCCUGGACCUCAUCUUUGGUCGAUGGCAAUGCGGUGCUUGGGCCUGUGUUUGCAGAACGGAAGGAGUGUGAGGUUAUGAUGAUGGUUGGCCUCCCGGCUUCGGGGAAGACUACUUGGGCAGAGAAGUGUGUCAGGGAACAUCCGGAGAAACGCUUCGUCCUUCUUGGAACCAACCUUGCAUUGGACCAAAUGAAGGUGCCGGGAUUGCUUCGUAAGAACAACUAUGGUGAGCGCUUUGACCGUUUGAUGGAUCACGCCACACAGAUUUUCAACACAUUGCUGGACAGAGCCGCAAAGAUCCCCCGCAAUUACAUUCUCGACCAAACAAAUGUGUACAAAAGCGCCCGUAUUCGCAAGCUGAGGCCAUUUGCAAACUACUAUAAAAUUGCUGUGGUUGUUUUCCCAUCGCCAAGUGAACUCAAUUCCCGGGCAGCAAAACGAUUCCAGGAGAUGGGGAAGGAUGUACCGGCUGAAGCAGUUGAUCAGAUGACAGCCAAUUUUGUCUUGCCACUGUCAAAUGACAUUCCUGGUUCAAAGGAGCCUUUCGAUGAGGUGAUUUUUGUGGAGCUUUCCAGGGAUGAUGCCCAGAGAGACCUAGACGAGAUCAAGCGUCUGCUGCCAAGAGCCUCGACUACCAGCCAUGGCAAUUUCAGUAACCAGAUGGUGAGCUCAGCAUAUACCGGGACUGUUUCUGUGGCAGGACCAUCUCCGUCGCCAGGCUUUGAACCACCAAUGAACUACUCCUAUGGACAAGGUGUGCAUGCUCCGGGUGCACAGGCUGGCUACUCAAAUGCUCCAUAUCAGAUCCAGUCAAGCUACUCGAAUGCCCCAUAUCAGCAACAGACAUGCGCAAGCUACCCAAAUCCAAGCUAUCCAAACACCGCAGACCAGAAUCAAGUUCACGCAAGCUACACAAGCACCGCAGACCAGCAUCAAGUUCACACAAGCUACGCAAGCACCGCAGACCAGCAUCAAGCCUACGGAAGCUACGCAAGCGCCCCGCUUCCUGGAUAUGGAUCACCAAAUGCAUAUGGUUCCCAAGGGUACCCAAGUCCAUACAGCAGCCCUGGUUACGCGAUGAACAUCUACGAGACUCCUGAGCCAGAGGGAGAAUACGUGGGAUCCGGCUACGGACCUGCACCCCCAGUCCAUGCCCAGCCAUCCGGCUACGCACCUGCAGCUCCAGUCCAUGUCCAGCCAUUGCCUCAAGCUGUUCAUCAGCGUCAUGAUGGUGCUUCCUCAUGGAGCUCUGGCAGUUACAGACCCUAUGGACAGCAGCCUCUUGGUAAGCGCCUAGCUCAUGCCCCAGGCUCUUGCUUUAGUUCACUCUGUAUUACAUACACCCAAGUUGAUUCCGCCUUCAGCACCUCCCCCUCCUCCCUACUACAUGAAUGCACAGCCAGGCCGUUGCUAACAUGCCUCUGUAAUUUGCUUUUUGAGGUUCCCAGGAAACUGUUUCUGUAA